GUCAUAUGACCUCUGCCUAUAUGUUUUGCCCGUCUGCCCUCAAAAGCGGAGCUUACAGUUAGUUGUAAGCACAGUUUUAACGGGACAAUGGAGCGUCCAACAACUGGAACCGUGGCUGUUCUGCUGCUUGUCUUCUUAUCCGCUGGCGGUGGUUUGGCGGGACCUGUAUCCAAAGGCAAAGAGACUUGGGGUUAUGUGGAUGUCCGGGAAGGGGCGCACAUGUUCUGGUGGCUCUACUACGCUAAUAAUCCUGCCACCAGCUACACAGAGUUACCGCUUGUGAUGUGGCUCCAGGGUGGGCCCGGGGCAUCUAGCACUGGUUUUGGUAACUUUGAAGAGAUUGGACCACUUGACCGUGAGCUGGAUGAGAGAGAUACUACUUGGAUUCAAGCAGCUAGUGUGCUGUUUGUGGAUAACCCCGUGGGUACAGGUUUCAGUUACACAGACACCCAAGAUGCCCUCACCAAGGAUGUAGCUACCGUGGCAUCUGACAUGCUGGUUCUGCUGAAGGAGUUCUUCUCCAAAAAGGAAGAAUUUCAGAACAUUCCCUUUUUCAUAUUUUCUGAGUCUUACGGUGGAAAAAUGGCUGCAGCCAUUUCACUGGAGCUUACCAAGGCUAUUUCUCAAGGAGAUGUUAAGUGCAACUUUGCUGGAGUAGCCUUGGGAGAUUCCUGGAUCUCUCCUCUAGAUUCGGUCUUGACGUGGGGGCCGUAUCUCUACAGCACCUCUCUGCUGGACGAUGCUGGCCUGACGGAGGUGGGCAAUGCGGCGGAGGCGGUGAAGAGAGCUGUGACCGAUGGAGAGUGGGUGAAGGCCACAGAGCUCUGGUCCAUCUUGGAGAACAUUGUGGAGCAGAACACAAAUGGGGUCAACUUUUACAACAUCCUCGGUCAAGAAGAUGAUGAUGACGACGACUCUGUGAAGUCCUCUCUGAAGGAGGACUAUCUUGCUGCCCUGGCUAAGCGUCACAUUCGGCCCCUGCACAGCGAAUCGCUUGGCGAGCUGAUGAACGGCAAAAUCAGGAAGAAGCUUGGCAUCAUCCCACGCAAUGUCACCUGGGGAGGACAGGCAGAGGCUGUCUUUGCCAGCAUGUCUGGAGACUUCAUGAAGCCUGUGAUUGAUGUUGUUGAUGAGCUCUUGGAGGCAGGGGUCAAUGUCACAGUCUACAACGGGCAGCUGGACCUUAUUGUGGAUACCAUUGGUCAGGAGAACUGGGUGAAGUCUCUGAAGUGGCCGGGGAUCCAGAACUUCACUCAGAUGAAGUGGACCGCCAUGGAUGAGCCCGACUCCCCUGGGGUUACUGGCGCUUUCUUUAAGACCCACAAGAACUUUGCCUUCUACUGGAUCCUCAAAGCAGGCCACAUGAUCCCGUCAGAUCAGGGGCCCAUGGCCUUGCGUAUGAUGCAAAUGAUUACCCAGCAGGAGUAAAAGGGACCGUCUCCAAUGGCGCCAACAGGGUUGGCCUCGUUACUCUUCCAGACAAUCAAAUCAGCACGAUUACACCAAAAUCACUCUGCCUCCUUCUCAGCUCUUUACUUCCCAAGUCUCCAAAGUCCUGUAUCGUACUGUAUCGUCUAUGUUUGAUUUUUAUUCUGUAAACCUACGGGCAUAAGAACAAAUAAAUGGUUGGGAUGUUGUUUUGUUUUUUAAA